UGAUUUCCCUGGGAAGUGAAGAAGUGGUUCUGUGAGUGCAACAGACUCCUGACUAACUGUUGUACUUGGAGGUGUAACCCAGAGAACACUCACACACUCAUGUGUGGCUGUGGUAAGGAGUGGAGGGUUUGAAGACACUGAAAGAUGAUCUGAGGAGCAAAUAUUUAGCAAGAGGACUUUAUUUGAACAAGGAAUAUUUGUGUCAUGGAUUGGAUCAAGUGCUUGUUCUGUUCCUGGUCAACUCUGAAUAAGGGCAGCCUCUAAAAAAGAAACUUCACGGUCAACCAACAAUCAUAAGGGCUUGAAAAGCGGUAAAACUUUGAGACAAAUCGUCUGGUCCCACUAGGAUACCUCUUCGUUGAGACUGUGUCCUCUGGAGCGAGCUCCACCAGGAGGACUCUGCUGAGAGACUGUGUCCUCUGGAGCGAGCUCCACCAGGAGGACUCUGCUGAGAGACUGUGUCCUCUGGAGCGAGCUCCACCAGGAGGACUCUGCUGAGAAACUGUGUCCUUUGGAGCGAGCUCCACCAGGAGGACUCUGCUGAGAGACUGUGUCCUCUGGAGCGAGCUCCACCAAGGCAUUAACAUGAGGGACCGUCUGGCAGAGCUUCGCCAGAGGGCCCAGGAGUUCCGAGAGACUGGCAGUGAGAUGGACCCCAGCCCGUUCCCAGUCGAGGACGAAACAGAGGACCCAGCAGGGCUCGGGGUCAUGGCUCCCCAGGCAGUAAUGUUCGAAGAGGAACCCGUCCUGGAAAACUUCCUGUCCGAGGCCCAGCACAUCCGUGACAACCUCGCUGAGCUGGAGACGGAAGUGCUGAAGUUCAGCCAGCAGCAGAAGAGCCUAGUGGCCACCAUGCGUCGCUUCAGUGUGAUGAAGAAGGAGAGCGGUGUGACACGGGACAUCAAGCUGCAGGCUGAGAGUCUACAUCGACGUCUAGAAAUCCUCUCCAAGCAGGCAGAACGCACAGAGGCCCAGCACGGGCCGCCUGCAGCCGUGACACGAAUCCAACAGUCCCAAUAUGCAGCACUGCAUAGACGCUUCCAACAGGUAAUGCGUCAGUACAACGACAGCCUGCUGACCAAGCAGGAGCGAUGUAAACACUUCAUUGUUCGGCAGCUGGAGGUGUCUGGACGUGUAGUCACUGAGGAGGAAGUAGAUGAAAUGGUUGCUACAGGGAAGUGGGAUGUCUUCAACGAGAAUUUGCUGAACGAUGCCAAGAUAACCAGAACACAGCUGUCUGAAAUCGAACAACGUCAUAAGGAGCUACUGAACCUGGAGAGCAACAUGAAGGAGCUGAAGGAGCUGUUCAUGGAUGUGUUCCUGCUGGUGGAGGAGCAAGGGGCUUACAUCGACCACAUCCAGACCAACGUGGAGAAGACCCAGGACUACGUGAUGGUCACCAAUGAGAAGUUCAAGCUGGCCGCCAGGUACAAGAAGAAGAACCCGCUGAGGCAGCUCUGCUGCUGCUGUUGUCCACCCUGGAAGAGCUGCCUGUAGGGAUUAUCCAACCCUUGCUCCUAACAUUUGUCCUCAUUGUAGAGGGUUGCUGUUAGCCAGACUCACGCAAGUUGGGGAUGCUCAGAAAGACUGGACCCCACGCCGUAGGGUUGCCGUGGACAGACCAUUAGGCCCUCGGGCCAGGGAUGAGGUAGAGGGCUACUGGACUAGAGAUGCAGUAGGGUGCUGACAGUCGGUCAGAAGUGCAAGUCAGAUGAGAAGAAAUCAGUGAAGAAGAAAUCACACAGGAUACUGGACUCAGAGGGCUUGUGCGUUUGACAUUUUCAGUGUUUCUGAACUGUUCGGUAAAAAGCCUUGACGGCUUCUGACAGAGAACAAGGACAAGAGGCUAAAAAGUCUUUGUUGAUUGCUCAGUAAACAAAUAAAUAGUUAAUUCCAUGUUAGACAGUAGAUGUUCAUAAUCUUGAAAUGAAAACGUUUUUCAGAAAUGGUAUUGUAUGAUUACAGUAAUACAAUGGCAUGGAUGGCACAUUAUAGAAAAUCUAAAAUUAACAUUACACUUUUGCCAUACAUUUACACUUUUGGAUGUUUUUUUUUAUCUCAAAACAGACAUUUAGGUUUGUGUGACCAUUCUCAUGAGACAUUUCACACUUUCCAAAAUUAUAAAGAAACUGACGGUGUUGUUCUUUGGCAAGAUGUGCUUCUUAAAAUAUUAAAUCAUUGUCACAUUU